GCAAAAAGUACGGAAAUAUGAGAUUUUAACGCUUGAGGAUGAUAGCGAGAUUUGUGAAUGCAUUUUGAAGAGCAUAAAAUAAAAGAAAAAAAUUGCUGGGGAUUUUUUAUCUCGCAGAAUCACACGUCUGUAGUUUUGGGAACAGAAAACUAAUAUUAGAAGUAAUUGAACUUAUUUUUCACUUUUCUGCGUAUUCGAUACGGUUCUCGCAAAGUGCAUUAUUAAAAAUUAAGAAAUUGAUCCUCUCAUCUCUAUAAUCCGUAAUCUUCAUUUGAUUGUAUUUGAAUGAAGGAAGAAUUAGAUCCUAAAGAUAGCCCCCAUUUUUGCGAAUUGAAUAUAACAGCACGAAUCUAUUUUAAUUUCAUAUAAUUUACCUAAUUGUGUUUUUACAGGAGAUAAUUUGGCAAGAAAGAAGAAUUAGUUCUUAUCAGGUAUCAUUGCGAAAGGGAGGAUGGUCCAUUUAAAGAACGUCGUAAAGCACGAUAAUGUUCAACAUUAUAUCAUUAGUCUCAACUAGCCGAACUCGGCCGAAAGUAUCUAAUCAGCGAUGACGAUGCGGCUUGUCCAACAACACAGUAAUCGUACGUCUAGGAUGUCUAGGAAGAAAGCUGCAUGUUCAACAAAUGACUUCCUGCGGAUCCAAUCGAGUACCGUUCAUUCCACUGCCGUCUGUCGCUCGUCGAGGCACAUAAUUGCCGCAUGCACGAAAUUCUCCAAAUGGCUCCAGACACUUGGCGGUAAUUUCGUCACGAAAUGCGUCAAACGGUUGGGAAAGCUGUCGAAAGUCGGUCGGAUCGUCCAUCGACCUACGCGUCCCGGGUCAUUGCCAUGGGUGGAGAGAAAGCCCGAGAUGUAUAAGCAGAUAUCUCUUACGAGAUCGAGAUCAUCGUCUUUAGUCGCAAUGACGCGAAUCAGCAUGACAAUGACAUCCGUUCUUCCCGCGAUGGGGCUCGUUUCAAGACAACGGUACGCGAAAACACGCAUGUCUUGGAAGAAGUGGGUUGUUUCCGCGUGCAAUUUGCCAAUCAUAUCGCAGCCGACGCGACUUGUGUAAAAGUCCUCGUCUCGCACAAUCGUACGUAGGAGUAACACGCGAGCGAGUGUUUUAUAAGAGGUAAAUGCCCCAAUAGACCGUUUAAGAAAUAUUUAAAUAAAUGAUUUAAGAGUUGUUUUUUAAUGUA